AUGAGCAUCGCUCUCCACCACCCAAGCACGCGGGGGCAGAAAGGCAGCGUGCAUGCCAGCGACAAUGAGCUUGCAGACAGGCAGGCUCGAAUACUGACACCCCGUCUCUCCGUCUGGGACCGCGGAGGGGAGCAGGCCGAUAGAGUAUUUGCAGGGCCCAUUACUGGCUUAAAAUGCAUGAAGCGACCCCUCGUCUUUUUGGUGGUGCUGACUUUUACAGAGCAAAGUCAGCAUCCUAUUCCUACUCCAGAGACAGCCAGCACAGGUUUGCCUGUGAAGCAGGUGCACAGCAAGAUACAGCAGGUUGGUACGCUUGGGACUUCAAAGCCCAAGAGUGUUUUCAUUUUGUACUGCAAAUGUGGAAGAGUUUAGUGUAACACGGUAAGUGCACGCCUGUAUAAAAACCUCUGGAGCAUGCAUCCACCCACAGGAAACUUCCAGCGCCCUCUGUCACAGCAGGUAACCACACAGCUCUUACCUAGCCCCUACUAUUUCGUGAGGAGCGACUAUCAUUGCUGGUUGUCAGUUUUCAGCUCUUUUGCCAUGAUCUCUGCACAGCAGCCACCGUUCCCCAACAAAAUUCGAAGAGUAAUGGACUGCCAAACUGAGGAAGAAGAAACCUGCGAAGAGCAGUACGACUCUGAAAACUGCACUUGUAGCUCCAAGCGUGCAUCAUCAACAGCAGAAUCCGACUCAGAUUCACCAGUAACUCUUAAAAUGCUACAGAACUGGGCCCCUAGAGUUUCCCACUACUUUGAUAAAGAGCACUACACAUAUGCUGGCCACCAGAUCAUCAUUCAGGAGUCCAUAGAACACUUUGGAGCCGUGGUAUGGCCAGGGGCACUGGCUUUAUCUCAGUAUCUGGAAUCAAAUCAAGAACAAUUCAACCUCAAAGACAAAAAAGUUUUGGAAAUUGGCGCUGGAACAGGCUUGGUUUCCAUUGUGGCCUGUAUCUUAGGAGCUUACGUUACAGCUACUGAUUUGCCUGAAGUUCUUGAAAAUCUCUCAUUUAAUAUUUCAAGAAAUACACAGAACAUGAAUACGCACAAACCUGAAGUGAGAAAACUGGUAUGGGGAGAAGGCCUCAACGAAGACUUCCCUGUAUCAACUUACCAUUAUGAUUUCAUACUGGCAACUGAUGUGGUAUACCAUCAUACAGCUCUGGACCCCCUGCUAGCAACAAUGGUGUAUUUUUGUAAGCCAGGAACAGUAUUACUAUGGGCAAAUAAAUUCAGAUUCAGUACAGACUAUGAAUUUUUGGAAAAACUUUGCAAUAUAUUUAACACAACCAUUCUAGCAGAAUUUCCAGAAUCAAAUGUCAAGCUGCUUAAAGCCACAGUAAGAGAGAAUUAAAGAGAAAACUAUUACUAAUUUUGAUUUCAUGGCAGCACCUUACAGUUUGGAAUGUUUUGCAGCAUUACGGUGCACCUUCUGUGCAUCCAUGUUUGUGAAGUUGCACUUGUAUCUGAGUUUUGCAUUACAAGUUAUGAAAAAACUGGCAAGACAAAUGAUAUAGCAAUUUGUCUCUGGUAGAUACGUACGACCUGUUCAAACAGACCAAUUUCACUCCGCUGAAGGAACACCGUUAGUAGCAAUAGCGAAAAGACUUUAACAGAAAGCAUUAAUCUUCUGGGCUGCACUGAACUUCUGUUGUUUGUAAGGUGUUUUCUUUCAGCAAGUUUCAUUUAUAUACUC